UUAAUAGCCGCCGGAAUGCUGCAGCGUAAUCCCGGGAAUCGCAAUCACACUGCGCGUGUAUCCCGCUGGAAUGGCGAGUACAUGUGAAGCUUCGACAUUUGAAAAAUUUGAGUUGACUCAGUUUGAGUUGGAUAUCAAAAUAAACCAAUUCAGUCUGUUGAGAUACUGGAUCAUUGUGCUUUUGCUUGUGCUUGUCGACGGAAAGAAUACUAUGUCCGGAGUGUUUGGUGCUUGGGUGGCAUUCAUCCGCUCCGCGAUCAGAGUAUGCUUCUCGUUCGCAGUAAGCGUUUUGCCUGCAGAGCAGCCCGCAAAAAUCACCACGUACAGCUCCAUGAACUCCCCCUCUGAGUCGAACAAAGAUUUCGGCAUGAUGGGAGAAGUUGGCAGUCUAGAAGUCAAAACUCCAAACUCAAAAGCAUGCAUUCAGACUGCAAGAGUAGAGGCUGAAAUAAACGAAAAGACGGAACUUGUGCUGCAAGGAUAUCAAAAGCGCUCCGCGUGCCGCCGGAAUCUGCAUUCCACUGGCCUGCGGAGUGGUGGGAAACCUUUUCCGUGUUUACGCUGGCGGGAACGUCACGUGAGCGAUUCACCUUGACAACUUUCACAUUCCGCUUGUUUUUUUACGCCAGUCUGAACGCGUCCUAACCCAGCUAACACCACCACCCACUGCGGGUCUAGCUACUGCACAGUGCUCACAACACUGGGGCAGCAGCGGCAGCAGCAACGCAACCGCUAGCACGGCCGCUACUCUGCGCAACGCCAGCGAAAGCAGCGCAAGUCCGCAUUUGCCACCUCCAUCGUCACGGCAACCACGACCACGACCCGGGUCUUGCCUGAACAUCGCCGACGUCAAUACACAACUGCAGGCUACGAUGAACUGUAUCGGACUGCUAGACCGCGUCUGUCAGGGUGAGCAUUCCAGCUGGGUGCAGCACCCUUGUCUGUGGGACGGCGGUAACCCGGGGAACCAGCGUCUAACGCACGCACUGCAGCAGCUGGUUGACUGCAGCCAGGAACUGCUAAGUCACAUGACCUGCAUCCAGCAGGCUCAGAGGUACCAUGAUGAAGUGCAGGCGGCCCAGGGCAGUGGUGGUGGUGGUGGCGCGGGGGUUGGUCAGAGACCUGAGCUGGACGGCAGCCAACCACUGCCUCCACCGUACGCAUUUCAAGCGCAGCCGGAAAGCGUUCAUGGUGGAAUAGUUAACGGCAUGGCUCAGCCGGAGACACGGCGAUACGGUAUGGGAGAGGCCAGUCGAGCUGCUUCGGCCUACGCGAACACGGCAAAUGACGGAGGUCAGCGAGAGCAUGCCGCCGCCACCACCACCACUGCUGGACCUGAGCAACGCUACUCACAACGGGCGCCAGCAGCAUCGGCGAGACACGACACCGAUAUCACGGUACGAGGCCUCACGGAGAGCGUUCAGCACAUGGACUUCAGCAGCCACAGCCCGUCGCCACGCCAACGGCCACCACCGGUGGACACGCAGGCACAAGCGGCGUCGGCUGACCCAGGUGAUGAUUCACUGUCAGACCCGGCGGUGAUGGGGGCGGCGGCGUUGGCGGCGCUGCCAGACUUUCAUGAGGACUUGCAGGACGCAGCGGUGACGUUACCGAUGUGUGUCAACGACCCCAGCGUGACCAGUUGUGUUCUAAUCGGCAGCAAUGCAGUCAUACCGCAGAGCAUCGAGGGUCUGGACUGCGAGAGAAAGGAAUGCAUUCAGGGCCAUGGCGUAGACUUCCAACUGGUAAGUACGGGAGAGGUCAAGCAGAUUGCCGAGGACCUAGAGCAUCACCUGACUACUGACCAGCAGCACCAGCUAGCCAACACACUGAUGCGCCAGAUUAACAUCAGCACCGGAGCGGUGGAUGUGAUCGAGGGCAAACGCGCGGGUGACUGCACUACCGACCAGCAUCGCGGAUGGUCGUUUCUGGCCGUGCUGCUGGACGUCUGGGGCCCCAAUGUGCUGGAUACGCAUGCCACGGGCAAGGUGGUAUUUCAAGCGGUACACACGAUAUCAGAAGAGGCAGCCACCUACUGUGCAGCCGUACUCAAGUUCCCGCCAACAUCUUCGCCGACAUCUCGAACAUAGCCCGGUGCAUUGAGACUAGACUGUGCUGGCAAACCAGAAGCCUGGCUGCGGCAUACGGAGGAGCAUCUCUAUCUGCCGACGAAGUGUGAAUAGGUGUGUUGACAAGCUGACCAAGCUGUUGUGGAAUCCCUGACCACGCUGUUGUGUUGUGGAACCCCUAACCAAGCCAUUGUGGAAUACCUGACCAAGCCGUUGUGGAAUCCCUGACCAAACUGUUCUGGAUUUCGUACUGUCUGGUCAUUCACGUCAAACCGUGAUUGUUCCACAAGUCAGCUACCAUCACUGUGUGUGGAUGUUAGCAGUCAUGCAUAGGCCCAGGACAUGAUACGCGUGACUACUAAGUUAUGCACUGGCCUACGCCACCACUAGGUCUAGGGUGCUCACUGGAGACCGUGGAUAGUAAUCGUGCAGUUGACCAGACUCCCUGUUCCCAACUAGACUAGACUAGUCUGUAUCGUUUACUGAUGCACCUCUUCGUUUUGACAACUUUUCACCUGUUUUAAAAGCUUUCGUCAAUUCCAGUAUUUGUAAUUUUAUUUGCCGCCUUGGGGGCCCAUAGCAACAAUGUUGAGUCUCUUGCAUCCUAGCCCUGGUUUUUUUUUAAAUUCGACCCUCGCCGCGCCACGCGCCUUCGUCAGCACGACUAUUCUUGAUGCUCGCGCGUUUCUGUGCCCGUGUCGGAUGAGAGAAAAAAAUGAUGUGUUCUUGAUGAGCUGACUGCUCUCUUGCCGAGCACCUUCCUAAUACGGUGGUGUCUGAAGUCAUCGAUACCUCGCUUGAUGUAUAAUUUUACGAAUCACUGAGUCUGUACACAGCCGAGAAUACGUGUGUGCAGGCAUGUUAGCAAAUCUAUAGGGGUGCAUAUUAUACAGAUCUUGGCAAAGUGUUCUUUCUAUGCCAUUACACAUUGUGGCCUCUCUCUCUAUUUA